GCUCUAAGAUGGUUGACUUGCAGCCACUAACACUCAAAGAAGAAGGGGAAGAAGCAGCAGUAAUCGGUUGGGAAGCUGCCUGCAUCAUCUGCCGAUCGAGCCAGGAACCGACCAGCAGAACCGGAGAAAAAUGGCGUUCACAUUCGCGGCCUUUUGCUACAUGCUCGCACUGCUGCUAACGGCCGCGCUUAUCUUCUUCGCUAUCUGGCAUAUAAUCGCUUUCGAUGAGCUGAAGACUGACUACAAGAAUCCUAUAGAUCAAUGUAACACUUUAAAUCCGCUGGUGCUCCCAGAGUAUCUUAUCCACUUCUUCUUCUGCGUGAUGUUCUUCUGUGCGGCCGAGUGGCUCACCCUCUGUCUCAACUUACCACUGCUGGCUUAUCAUGUCUGGAGGUAUAUGAGCAGACCUGUGAUGAGCUGUCCAGGACUUUACGACCCAACAACCAUCAUGAACGCUGACAUCCUGGCGUACUGUCAAAAAGAAGGCUGGUGCAAACUGGCUUUCUACCUCCUGUCAUUCUUCUACUAUCUCUACGGGAUGAUCUACGUUCUGGUGAGCUCUUAAAUGGUGCGAUGAAGCAAAAGGACCUGCAUGUACAGUAAACGACCAGACACUAUGAUCUUAGUGCUGGAGCACUGGACCUGCUGGAGACCACCUUUCAGCAACACAAGACGCCGUUUCCAAGUGGACAAACCUGUCAUUUCAGAAACAUUUAGCCAGUUUUAAGAGAAUCCUGGUUGCAGUGUUCCUCUCAUAGCACUAUAGUUACAAAGCUUUUAUGGAAAAUAUGGACAGACCUGAAUGGACACAUCUUUCUCUCUCUUCUUUUUUCCCUGUU